ACCGGAAGUACGAUUAUACAAUAGCGAUCCUGGCGGUGGCUUUUCCAGUUGAAUUUUCUUUUUCAUCGUAACGUGUGUGGUGUGCGUGUGACUGUGGUCUCGCCAAACCUCAUUUUUCAAGCAAGCCGCAUUUCGGUCGCAUCCUCUUUAGAGAACUACAAUAAGCAGCAAUGGGCGUGGAUGUAGAAGUCAUCUCUCCCGGGGACGGACAAACCUACCCGAAAACCGGACAAACCGUCGUCGUUCAUUACACAGGCACUUUGGAGAAUGGAAAGCAAUUUGAUUCCAGCAGAGAUCGUAGCACUCCUUUCAAGUUCAGAAUUGGCAAGGGUGAAGUCAUCAAAGGCUGGGAUCAAGGAGUAGCACAAAUGUGCGUCGGCCAACGAGCCCGACUCACCUGCUCGCCCGAUUUUGCUUACGGCAGUCGAGGCCAUCCUGGAAUUAUCCCGCCAAAUGCUACUCUCAUCUUCGACGUAGAGCUGCUGAAGGUUCAGCCAUGAGAGUUCUGAGCGAGCAUCCCUUCAAACUGACCAAACUACGUGCAUUUAAAACAAACAAACAAGAAACAAAGAGAUAAAAAACCCAAGAAUCGCUUUUGAUGAAUUCAUUUUCGAGUGACUAAAAAUCAUUGGUUAUCGUUAAUCACUAAAAUACGGCACAAUGUACACAUGAAAACUUGAUUCAAUCGCUCGUUCUUUAAUUAUAUAUACAAAAUAAUGUUGAACAAGCAAAGAAACAAAAACCAAUGAAACUAAAGAAAUUUUCAAAACCCUCUCUGUCACGGGAACAUUUUUCAAUAUUGAUGUCAAAUUUAAGGCGCCAAUUUUUUAAACUAUAUUCUACUUCUCGAUAUUUAUAUAUAUAUAAAUCCACAACUCGAAAUUACACUACACCAUGUAUCUCUACUACGUGUUGAACUUGUAAAAUGUUUGUUUUUCAUUUUUUUUAAUAACCCACUGAGCGAUUGAAUUACAGCAAUGAUUAAAUAUCAAAAACACAA